CCACAACCUUCUCUAAAUCCUCUUACUCCAAAACACAGACUCAGAUCAGCAUCAAAUUCAUACAUAGAUAUGGCCAAGCAAAACAUCGUUGUGAAGGUGGCCAUGAUCAACGACAAGAAAACUCGUAAGGCUCUGAAGAUCGCCGUUGGUGUCUGCGGCGUGGAAUCAGCGGCCUUGAUCGGUUCAGAUAAAGAUCAAAUCAAGGUGACUGGGGAAGGAAUCGACUCAGUCGAACUCGCGAGGCUGCUAAGGAAGGGCGUAGGAUGCACAGAGCUGGUGAGUGUUGGUCCAGUUGAGGAGAAGAAACCCGCUGUCACUGCUGCUGCCGCCACUCAAACGCCAGCUAAGGUGGUGCCAGCUACGGUGGUGCCACUGCAAGUUUAUCCUCACCAUUAUAGCUGCUAUGGAGGGCCUUACUACCAUGUCUAUGAAAGUCCCUGCAACGACAAUCCCUCCUGCACCAUUAUGUAAGAUUGCAUCAACUGAAAUAGUGUAAAUUGAGAGAAACCAAAACAGAUUAAAGGCCGGCCUUUGGGGCUCAUCGCUCGCUAYUUGAGUUUUUCGACGCCAAUGAGGAUUUCAUGUGUAUUAUUUUCAAGGUCCCACGGAAGAGUUGAUGUACGUGCAAGAUGACCCAAACAUCCCGUGUUUGAUUUUGUAUUGAUAKUU